AAGCUAGCUUGACGCAGGAAAAACAACGCACAAGAAACAGGACUUCUUCUCUCUUCUGUAGAGGCGGUGAAAAGAUCCCUGACGACGCUAACACAUAUCCGGCUGCUGAAAGUCUCUUUCUGGAUACAAUCUGAGCCGGAAGUCUGGGCAGAUUAGCGUUUUAUAGGGGCGAGACACCACUUGCCGGAUCAGGGGCGUACAAGUUCGAGGAGUUUGGCCGUAGCCACUGAGAAAGGACUACUCUCUACUGGGUGUAGAGGGUUUCUAUACGUGUACAUAUUCUGUGUACAGACUAUUCUCAGUGUGCGUGAGCGAUCGAUGGAGAUGAGCGCAAAGUUGAAGAUAGCAGUCGUGUGCUCUUCCAACCAGAACAGAAGUAUGGAGGCGCAUAACUUGCUUAGGUAAUGGUUCUUCUAAAGACCCCUAUGUGUGGUGAGGCGUGGUAGCUAUUCAGUAGGCUAGUCAGUCAACUUUACGCAAUGACGUAAUGUUUGCACGGUUACGUGAAUUGUUGUGUGCGCUAAUUGGAAUAAUGUGCCUCGAUCUUUGCAGCAAGAAGGGGUUCGACGUGCAGUCGUAUGGUACGGGUUCCGUCGUCAAGCUUCCCGGGCCGGCCUCCGAGCAACCAAACGUCUACGAGUUUGGCACCACGUACGAGUACAUGUAUCAGGAUCUCCUGAAAAAAGACCCCAAUCUGUAUCCGUUUAUAAAUGAGACCCCAUUGUGGACAGUGGUAUAGGAGUUGGGUGUCUGAGGUAGUGAGCCAGUUUGGCUUGCUGCAGGCCAUUGCUUUUAACUUGCAUAGUUUUUUCUUUCCCUUGUAGGUAAAACCAGUUGCUGAGUGGUCAACUCACACCACAAGUUUUGCUCUCCAACUGGCCUAUUUUAGCUAUUUUAGUGUGGUAGAUUACGCACAGGCUGUAAGGCUGUCAAUGAACAGCCUCUGCUUUUAGUUUUUGAGCAUGUAGGACAAACCGUAGCUGUCAAUGGACAAGCCAACCAAGAAAUUCAAGGUAGGCAAACUUCGGUCUGAACUGGCAUUCUAAAAGCUGGAGGUUAUUAUGUGAUUUCGGUACAGUCGGUGAAGUUUUUUCUUCUACAAAUUUGCCGACAAUUUCAUCCGAAAGCUUCAUACGUUCACAAAUGUGCUUCACGACAUCGUGUAUAUAGCAUUUGUAAAGUAACUGGUGUGGUUGCUAAAAAGGUUCCCACCUGCGUUUGGAACUUCGACACCACAAUUUUAUACCCAUGCAAAACCUUUGCAAUCGCACAUCCAGCAUAUGCACACAUCAAACUGGGAAGCUGUAUAUUAUACAUCAGUGCCAACACUGUAUAAUACCCAUACACAGACAUGCACUGUACAUUGAAUUCAUGGCCAAUCUUCUGGCCAAAACAAGCCCAGAUAAAAGGCUACACCGCCCCCAAAACUAAGCUCAAUUUGGGUAGCUAUACCCUUUCUGGCCUGCUAGUACAACCCUUGUACGCAAACUAUGACCAAACACAAUCAGUAACCUUUGCCCUCAUUGGAAAGCAUAAGAUCCUUGACUACAGUUGGCUAGAUACACACAGAACGGCAUACUGCACAUGCUGGACAGAAACAGGAGGAUCAAAGCCAAACCCGAGCGCUUCCAAGACACUGAAAAACAUUUUGAUGUUGUCUUUACCACUGAGGAGAGGAUAUAUGAUGCUGUUGUUGAAAGAUUGGAGUCGAUUGGCUCGAGAACAUUCAGACCUGUCCACGUAUUAAACAUUGACAUCAAGGACAAUCACGAAGAAGCAACUCUGGGUGCUUUUCUUGUCCUCAAUCUCUGCAACAUGAUGAAGCAUGUUGAAGAUCUUGAAGACGACAUGGAGGGAAUCAUUCACGACUUUGAGGAAGAAAACGGGAGAACUUUGUUGCACUGUGUCCACUUUUACUAAGAGAACGUACUCUCUGUAUCAUCACCUAUUUAUCGUCGUCAUAAUAAUAUAAAGUAUGUUGUAUUUCGUUUCUGUAGCAAAUCAUUUCAUUUCACAUAUUGUGUGUAUAUGUAUAUGCAUUGAAAUUUUCAUUACAUAAUGAAGAUGUCACGGCAAUGUACAGUAUUAAGUGUGUAAGCGUCAGACGGAUAGCUUGCAUUAUGCAUAACAUACAGCUAUCGUGGUUUGAUA